AUGCUAGAGAAGUUUGAUAUCGAUUAUGUUCUAUUUGAAAAGCACUCAGAAAUUGCGCCACCAGUCGGUGCUAGUAUCGGUUUGUUUCCCAAUGGUCUGCGCAUACUAGAUCAACUUGGAUGUUACGAGCGAAUCACAAACCUGUCCAUCCAGCAACUCAAAGUGGGAUAUAUGCGGGAUAAAAAAGGUGACAUACUCUGCGGCAUGCAUCACAUGUUCCAGCACCUGGAGAGGCGACAUGGGUAUGGCCUGCUGUUCUUUGAUCGGCAGCAACUUCUAGAGAUUCUACACGAAACCAUCAAGUACAAAGAUAGAGUAUUGCUCAACAAAAGAGUGAGCAGUAUAGAUUUCAUUGAUGGGGGUGUCAACGUCACGACCACAGAUGGCUCGGCCUUCACUGGUACGCUCGUUGUGGGCGCAGACGGCAUCCACAGCAGCGUGCGAUCUCUUAUGAGAGGCUUAGGUGACAAGCUGCAGCCAGGAUAUUUCCCCUCUACAGAGGAGGAUAGCGUUCCAUGCUACUACCGUUGCAGCUUCGGCAUAGCUCAGCAUGUUCCUGGAUGGGUCGCAGGAGAGCAAAAUAUUGUGAUGGGCGAGGGCCAGUCGCAGCUUGUUGUGUCGGGGCCAGAUGACCGGGAAGACGAAGCUGAAUUCGUCAAGCAAAAUUACAAUCUUCCCAUCACAAGAAAGGUCACCUUCGGCCACGUCUUUGACAAGCGGCUAUCGUCGACAUUGACACCUCUGCACGAGAUUGUUUACCAAAAGUGGUUUUUCAAGAGGAUCAUUACUUUUGGAGACUCGGCGCACAAGCCAAAUCCUAUUGGCGGCCAAGGUGCGAACGGAGCAAUGGAAUCCUGCGCCGAGUUUCUCAAUUCUAUCUUACGAAAGAAACAAAGCCACGGCGGUAGCUUGGCUAAUCUGUCCGACCAAGACAUAGAGGACAUUCUGCGCGAAACACAGACUAACAGAUAUGAUCGUGCUCAGUCGAUCGUCCGCAAGGCCCAUGACAUGCAAGCACUUAAUGCUUACGAGAACCCGCUUGUCUCUACCAUAGCAAACAGCCUUAUCCUGCCCUUUGUAGGGGAUGAGUUUGUCCUCAGCCAGAUGGGACAGGCUUUCGCCGGUGCCGCCACCGUAGAGAAACUCCAGGUCCCACAUCGGUCAAGGGUCAUUCCUUUCAAUGAUGAGCUACCCGCUAAACCCAUUGACCAAAAUAUGUCUAGGCUCAUCCGUUGGGGCUUCAUAGGGAGCAUGGGGCUCGUUCUUUUUGUCACAACCAAAGCUUUCCGACUACCCUUUCCGAGUCUCGGCGGCUGGGGAGAAUCUGGUUCGAUUCUCAUCUCCUGGCUAGGUGAUAGCGCCGGACAGAAAUUUUUGAACAAGCUGGUGUCAGUUUUAUCUUUCCCCAUCCUGGACAAGGACCCCUCGGCGAGGCUGCACCUUAUCAAUUUUCUACCUCAGCUUAUCUCGCCGCUCCUGAUAUAUACCAUCGAGGGUUACCGCCUGGGGAACCAGGGAUCGCUCUUAGCUCUGCCAACCAUCUUCACUGCGGGUAUGCAAGUCCAGGGUAUUGGACGAAUGGCUCCACUAUACGCUAUUAUGAGCUCCCUCUAUACACACGAGAGCAUUCCAGGCCGUGCAGUCCCCAGAGAGGUAGCCAAAUCCCUAAUCCCAGCGGUCACCUUGGGCUUCGUACUGCCGACCAUUAUGGUCUUCGCGUCAACCUCUAAUCUCAAAGCCUGGCAGCACUGGGUUGCGCUCUGGCAAUUCGCACCGCCCUUGGUUAACGUCAUAACAGCGGUCCUCUCAGCAGGCUUCAAGAGGUGGCAACUCAGUCGUGGCAUCCCACAAGAGGAGGGAGAGGCAUUCGAGCACUACAAGGCACAUGAUGUGCCGGUCCUCAAGCAAGUGUACACAUAUGCAAUUGCAGUGCAGUCAACAGUACACAUUGCCACAAUGGCAUACGCGUGGUCCCAUCCCAAUAUCUCCAUCGGGACGGCCUUUUUUGGUUUGCCAAAUCCCUUCCGGGCUGAGUGGAACAUCUCGACCAUUUCAGAGCAGAUAGCUAUAUUUUUCCGGUACGACGCUGUGACAGCCUUGGCGGGUUAUGUUGGUGGCAACCUGUACUCGAUCUGGGACCUCCGUCGCCUUGGAUACAUUCAGACGCGUACUGCGGUCAAAGCCGCCUUUGCGGUUAUAGCGGGCCAGUUCAUGAUCGGCCCAGGUGCUACCUGGGCUGCCUUGUGGUCCUGGAGAGAGGAUGCUAUUGCUGGCCUAGCGAAGUAA